UUGAAAACUUAUUCGUUUAGGUUCCAAGCACUGGCGACGGACGAAGACCAUUCGUUCUUUACCGCUCGUGGUUCUGCUCCAAGUAGCCGCGAAUCUAGUCAGACGCGUACAGCGGCGCCGGUUUGCGAUCUUUCGAGACUGGCCAUUUCUAGGUCAACCCUUUCGACCCCGGUUUCAAGUCAGCCUCAGUCUAGAGAACCUUCUCCUCAUCCCGGCCGUGUAUCGAUGAGCAAAGCUGAGAUGAGCGACGAUGCGCUACAGGCGUACGCUGGACAGCUGAUCGACAAACUGCUCGAGUCGGAUGAGUUCGAUGAGGCGACUGAACUGGUGUCCAAGCAUAUGGACCGUGCCCAGCGACUCAUCUAUCAUUUCUUGGUUCACGCCCUCGACCGAAAGUUAGACAGCCGACAGGUGCUCGGCAAACUGCUGGCCCACCUUUUGACCAAGCGGAUAUACAGCCGUGAUAUUGUCGUUGCCGGUUUCACUAGUUUUUUCAAUGACGCAUACGCGUACUCUUUCGAAACGGAUUGGCCGGAUCUGUUCUUGUACGUUGGCGAGGUGUUCUCGUCACUGCUGAGCCACAACGUCUCACCUCCAAUCACAUUUCACACCCUUUCCUCAGCCAUCAAGCUUCCAAAGGACAAACGGAAAUGUCUGGUGCAUAUGUUAAAAACGAUGGCCAUGUACUCCGACGAAGCGUCCUCUGGCGAGAUGUUGAAAGAUUGCCUUGACAAUUUCGACCAGCUUGGCCUGGAUAUCGAUUCGUCAGAAAUCGUCAAACUUUUGUCAGAAUUCCCUUUUGGGACUUCAUCUUCAAUCACGAAUAGCACUUCCGGUGACUGCGCCGCGUCUACAUUUGACGCGUUGUUGCAGUUUGUCCAGUCUUCUUCUUGCAGUAAUCCGGAUGUGCUAAUCGACUUUAUUAACAAAAAUUUCUCAUCCGAGACGGAAUCGCCCGUGUUCGUGGAUGCCUUAGUGAAGGGUAUAUAUGAAAAAAGCUUGAAAGCUUCCUCCGGUAAUCCACAGUUCGAUUGUGCGGCGUUCCAGGAUUACUGUAAAGUUUUGCUGAGGUACGUCACGGGGCAUCAGCAACUCGAACUUCGCGCACUAAACAAGUUUAUUGCGACAUACGUCGAGAAUGCAUGCCCUCCUGACCAACUUCUGCAAAUAUUCAAGAUAUGCUCAUCUUUAUCUGUGAUCCCUAUGGAAAGCUUCAUGGAGUUCAAGGACGAGUGUUUGAACGCGAAUUUUGAAUACGGCUUCGUUUUACGCGAAAGUAAAAUUCGCGAGUUCAUGAAAAACUUGCAGUCCGUAAGCAAGUGA